AAAGAGGUAAUUCCGUUAUAUUGCCAGCCUCUCUCCGAGGUCAUGGACAGGAUGCACACAGACGAGCCAGCGAGCUUUAAAAUAACUGCCAUUUCAACCCCGUUUGAUUGUUCUUUAUCUACACCAGAAAUACCCCUGCAUCCAACCCCUCCCCCUUUCCCUGCCCCUCCGUUGCUAGGUAGGUUGUUACGCAGAGGACAGGGCCGAGAUAUUCUAUUGGCUGAAUGUAACGGGCUGGAUUACAUACUGGAGUAAUCCGAUUACUCUCGAGCUGCUGGAAGUACUGCGGCUGCCAUUGUUUUGCGCAGAGACUCGGUCUCGUUACAUACUGUUGAAAAGAUGAACAACAAAUACACUGUACAAACAAAGGCGUAACUGUGGCCGUAAAGCCGAAAGAGCGGAAUGGUUCAGAUUUUAUUCGUAGCGUAGAUAGGGAAGUGAGUAUUACUCUGAAAGAGGAAGCAUUUUGAAUACAAUACACACGUGCGAUAUAAACGCACUUUGUGUACUACUCUGGCGAAAGCGCAGUGGCGUCUUGUCAGCUUCGUGGUGAGGAGUUCAGGACCUCCGGAAAUGGAAACUGAUAUGAACAAAACCUGCUCUUUCGCGGCCUGGAGCUUGAGAUCGCUGUUUGAUUACAAGGGAGAGAGGGGGAAGAACAUCACCGUGCAGUGCAAGCUCUGCAAACCCAGAGAAAAAUUCCUCUCCACAUCCAAAAGUUCCACAUCAAACCUGAAAAAACAUCUGGUGAGGAAGCACUCCUCGGUCUAUGAGGGGCAGUUUUUGGAGGCGGGGCCGGUGAGCAGACUGGCAGAAGCUGCGGGGCAGGGCGGGGCGGGGCAGGGCGGGGCAGCGGACAGGUUCGGAGAUCCCGCCGCCGAAAACUCGUACGAUGGCGAGGACGAGCGCCCCGCCAAGCAGGCCAAAAGCAGCUCGUACGCGAACAAGGCGUGGCAGCGGCGCCUGAACGCUCUGGUGUUCAGCUUCAUCAUCGACACGCUGCAGCCCUUCUCCAUCCUGGAGACGCCGUCCUUCCUGCGCCUGCUGGACGGCCUCCACACCAGCAGGGGGCUCCUGACCCCCAGGGCCCUGCUGGGGAAGGUGUGGUGGGCCUCCCGCUCCAUGACGGAGGCGCUGAGCUCCAGGCUGAAGGAGGCGCGUCGCGUCUGCACCACGGCGGACCUCUGGAGCACAGGGGGGCGGGGCUACCUGGCCGUCACCUGCCAUUGGCUGCAGGAGGGCACCAUGGAGAGGAGGAGCGCUGCGCUGGCCUGCGCGGCCCUGCCGGCUCCGCCCACCUGCCACGCCCUGGUCGCCAAACUCCGCGAGAUCCACGCCCACUUCGACCUGACGGACCGGCUGGGGUGCAUGGUGACGGACAGCGGCAGCGCCUUCGUUCCCCUGUUCUGCGAUUUGGGGUUCUCUCAGGACGGCGGCGGGGGUGGGGGUGGGCUGGACGGAGAGCGCGACUGUAAAGGCGUGGCUGCAGGAGAGGGGGGCGUGGUCUUCCAGGACGUGAGCCAGCUGCUGCAGAGCGAUGUGAAGGAGCUGCAGUUCCUGCUGCCGGCCCACCAGCGCUGCCCCGCCCACCAGCUGAGCCGCCUGGCCCAGGAGGAGGUGCAGCGGGCCCUGGGCUGGGGCCCCCCCGGGGGCCUCUACAGGGGGGCCCUGGCCAAGUGCGCUGCCUUCUGGAGCCUGGCCCACGGCCCCGCCCCUGCCCCGCCCUUCCUGGAGGAGCUGGGCGCCAUGGAGGGGCGUGUCCCGCGAGCCGUGCUGUGGAGCGCGGAAUACCGCGUCGUGCGCGCGGUGCUGUCGCUAGGCGACGGGCAGGCGGCGUGCCAGCAGCUGGGGGCGGAGCCUCUGAGCGCGCAGGAGCUGCUGUUCCUGCAGGAGUACGCCGAGGUGCUGCAGCCGCUCGCGUACUCACUGGACUUCCUCCAGAAGAAGUGCAUCCUGGGAUACCUGCUGCCCACGCUGCUGACGCUGAAGGCCAAGCUGAGCGAGAUCAGGCCCUUCCUGCGCUUCUGUGGCCCGCUCAUCGCCGCCCUGCUGGCGGGUAUCGACACACGAUUCGCAGCUCUUCUGGCCAGCCGCGAAGCCAAGAUGGCGGCGGUGACGGUGCCAAAGCUGCGGCUGUGGUGGCUGCCGCAGGAGGAGCGGGAGGAGGUGAAGGCCAUGCUCCUGGAGGAGGCGUCGGCCGAGGAGCGCUCCCAGGAGGUGCAGGAGGCCGAGAGCUCGGACUCGGAGGCUGAGGAGGAGGCGAAGUUCUUCGGCUUUGCGGAGGAGGAGGGCGAGGCCAGAUCCACGGUGGAGGUGGAGGUGCUGAACUACCUGCAGGACACGGACAAGGCCCUGGCGUCUCUCAACAGGUACCCCACCGUCCGGCGCCUCUUCCUCAAACACAACACCCCCCUGCCUUCAGGGGGCGCCAGCGUGCAGCGGCUCUUCAGCCACAACGGCCACGUCCUCACGCCCCAGCACACCGGCAUCGCCGAGGAACACUUCGAGCAGGUCCUCCUGCUGCGCUACAACCAGGACCUGUGCCCGCUCACCAACGAGGGCUGGCACUGGAGCUGAGCUGUGCCCGCUCACCAACGAGGGCUGGCACUGGAGCUGAGCUGUGCCCACUCACCAACGAGGGCUGGCACUGGAGCUGAGCUGUGCCCGCUCACCAACGAGGGCUGGCACUGGAGCUGAGCUGAGCUGUGCCCGCUCACCAACGAGGGCUGGCACUGGAGCUGAGCUGUGCCCGCUCACCAACGAGGGCUGGCACUGGAGCUGAGCUGUGCCCGCUCACCAACGAGGGCUGGCACUGGAGCU